GGGUACGCCCCACGCUACAGGGAACUGGCUGAUAAGAUCAAGGCCGAUGUCCCUGAAGCAAAUGUUGUCGGCCAAGUUGGUCGCACAUCUUCGUUUGAAGUAAUGGUGAAUGGAAAACUGAUUUUUUCCAAACUUGAACAAGGAAGUUUUCCCUCUUUCAAAGAGAUUGUUGUUGUGGUACGUGACUGCAGCCAAGGCAAAGAACCCUGUGAAGUGACAGAGAAAGAGGAAUCAUCAUGCAUCCUGCUAUAGUCCAGCCACAUGUUAACAAUCCUACUAAAUCAAAUCACUUUAAUCCAGUUGACAAUUAUGUGCACUUGCACACAAAAUCGAUAAAAAAUUGAAUCAUUUUAUUUAUUAAAGUAGCUUUUUGUUUCUUCUAGGCAUCUAAAAGCCAAUCACCAAAGUUUCUUUUUAUGAUUGAUGUCCUCUUAAAAACUACUAGUUGUUAUUUAGCAUGUAGUAAAGUUAAACCUAGUAGAUCUUCUUCCGUUGUCUCAGCGGUAGUUGAUGUGCAUAAAGUGUUUGGGCUUUAAGAAUAGAUGAGACGCCCUAGAGCCAAAAUUUGUAAACUUCAGCCAAUCCUUCCCUGAUAAAAAUUUUAGUGAUGGUGGAUUAGUUGCCUGUAAAAAGAAACUACAACAUAUUGUUAGCUAUUGUGUGUAUUAAUUUUUGCAUAAUUGACUUAAAUUUUAAUGCAAAUAUGGUGCUUAUUUGUGGCCUUGAUGCCUCAUUUGGCAACACAAUUUUUCACAUGCUAUGUGGCAUACAGCUUAACUUUAGAACAAGUGGAUGGAGCCUUGUGUAUCUGUUGUUGAUGCAAGGUAACGCUGUUAAUGUUAUUGUAUGAUGGUCACAUCAAAAACACUUAGUAAUGAUGUUGACUUGAUGGUUGGAACAUUGCAGUGGAACAGCAGAAACUUGAUAGGUAGACAUGCCCUGAGUGCUUGUAAAAAAUAUCAAUAAAAUAUGGAAAAGUUAGAAGUCA